AUGUAUUUAUACAAUAUGACAUUGCAACGGGGUAGCGGCAUUACGCACGCUAUCCAUGGAAAUUUCAGUGGAGGAAAAAUACAAGAAAUUUUAGUCUCUCGAGGAAAAUCUUUAGAGCUAAUGAGACCUGAUCCAAAUACUGGCAAAGUCCACACAUUGCUAACUGUAGAAGUAUUUGGAAUUAUUCGUGCUUUGAUGAGUUUUAGGCAAUCCGGCGGUACUAAAGAUUACAUAGUUGUUGGUUCUGAUUCUGGAAGAAUUGUUAUAUUGGAAUAUCUACCUUCAAAAAAUGUCUUAGAUAAAGUGCAUCAAGAAACUUUUGGAAAGAGUGGAUGCAGGCGAAUUGUUCCGGGACAGUAUUUGGCCAUUGAUCCAAAAGGAAGAGCUAUAAUGAUUGGUGCGGUAGAAAAACAAAAAUUAGUGUACAUUCCUAACAGAGAUGCUGAAGCACGGCUUACAAUUUCAUCACCUUUGGAAGCUAAUAAAAGCAACACACUCGUGUACCACAUGGUUGGAAUUGAUGUAGCUUUUGACAAUCCAAUUUUUGCCUGCCUUGAAAUUGACUACGAGGAAGUUGAUGCAGAUCCAACCGGAGAAGCUGUACAAACUACAAGGCAGACUCUUACAUUUUAUGAAGUUGAUUUUGGUUUAAAUCAUGUAGUUCGUAAAUAUAGUGAACCUUUAGAAGAACACGCUAAUUCUCUUAUUACUGUUCCUGGUGAUAAAGAUGGACCGGGUGGUGUUCUAAUAUGUUCAGAAAAUUAUAUUACCUACAAAAAUCAAGGAGAUCAACCAGACAUUCGAUGUCCAAUUCCACGUAGACGUAACGAUUUGGACGAUCCCGAAAGAGGAAUGAUUCUAGUUUGUAGUGCUACACACAAGACUAAAUCUAUGUUUUUCUUCUUGGUUCAGACAGAACAAGGUGAUGUUUUCAAAGUGACAUUAGAGACCAACGAAGAGUUUGUGACAGAAAUUAGACUGAAGUAUUUCGAUACUGUCCCGGUAGCUUCUGCCAUGUGUGUUCUAAAAACUGGGUUUUUAUUUGUAGCAUCAGAGUUUGGUAACCAUUACCUGUACCAGAUUGCUAAUUUGGGUGAUGACGACGACGAGCCAGAGUUCAGUUCCGCAAUGCCUCUCGAAGAAGGAGAUACAUUUUUUUUUGCUCCAAGACAACUGAGAAAUUUAGUAUUAGUUGAUGAAAUGGAUUCAUUAUCACCUAUUAUGGCGUGUCAAGUUGCUGAUUUAGCUGCUGAAGAUACUCCACAAUUAUAUAUGGCCUGUGGUCGAGGUUCAAGAUCUACCUUAAGAGUUUUAAGGCAUGGGCUUGAAGUUUCAGAAAUGGCAGUAUCUGAACUACCUGGAAGUCCAAAUGCAGUAUGGACCGUAAAAAGAAGAGCGGAUGAAAAUUUUGAUGCCUAUAUCAUUGUGUCUUUCUCGAAUGCCACUCUAGUAUUGUCUAUUGGAGAAACUGUGGAAGAAGUUUCGGAUUCAGGUUUCUUAGGAACUACGCCAACACUAUCUUGUUCUCCAUUAGGUGAUGAUGCUGUUGUACAGAUAUAUCCUAACGGUGUGCGCCACAUACGUUCCGACAAACGAAUGCACGACUGGAAAGCCCCUGAAAAAAAGAAGAUUGUUAAGUGUGCAGCUAAUCAACGACAAGUUGUAAUUGCCCUCGGUGGUGGUGAACUUGUUUAUUUUGAAAUGGAUCCGACUGGACAUUUAAAUGAACAUAAAGAUCGUAAAGAAAUGAAUUCUGAUGUUCUUUGUAUGGCAUUAGCAAAUGCCCCGUCUGGAGAACAGAUGUCACGCUUUUUAGCUGUUGGUUUGACUGAUGAAACUGUCCGUAUCAUUUCUUUAGAUACUACAGACUGUUUAGUACAACUAAAAAUGCAAGCUAUACCGGCCAUGCCAGAAUCGUUAUGUAUUGUAGAAAUGGGCGCUAGUGAUGGCGGUUCUUCAGAUGAACCGGCAAUGAAUUCACUUUCAAUGCUGUAUUUGAACAUUGGUUUACAAAAUGGUGUUUUACUUCGUACAGUACUGGAUGGUGUUACUGGAGAAAUGGCUGAUACUCGAGCCCGUUACUUAGGAGGCAAACCUGUAAAACUAUUUAAAAUUAGAACCAGGGGAAAUGAAGCAGUACUUGCCAUGUCAAGUAGAUCAUGGCUCAGUUAUUAUUACCAAAAUCGCUUUCACCUUACUCCUUUGUCAUAUGAAAGUUUGGAAUAUGCAUCUGGUUUCUCUUCUGAACAGUGUCCCGAAGGCAUAGUUGCUAUAUCUGGUAAUACCUUGCGCAUUUUGGCAUUAGAAAAAUUGGGUGCUGUUUUCAACCAAGUUUCAUUCCCGGUUGAAUAUACGCCCAGAAAGUUUGUUAUUCACCCUGAUUCUGCUCAUUUAAUUGUGGUUGAAACUGAACACAAUGCAUACACUGAGCAAACCAAAAAACAGAGGCGGAUACAAAUGGCAGAAGAAAUGCAGGAAGCUGCUGGAGAGGAAGAACAAGAAUUAGCCAAGGAAAUGGCUGAAGCUUUUUUGAAUGAAGAUUUACCAGAAAAUAUUUUUGGUGCUCCUAAAGCUGGUCCUGGAAUGUGGGCAUCAUUAGUCAGAUUGUUUAAUCCAGUUCAAGGCAUAACAGAAGCUGUUUAUAGGUUCCCUCAGAAUGAAGCAGUAAUGAGCGUUGCUCUAGUACGUUUUUCAAGUUAUCCAGAUUCACAGUUUGUUCUUUUUGGUGUUGCAAAUGAACUUCACCUGAACCCAAGACAUGUUACCUGUGGAUACAUUUACACUUAUAAAGUUAACCCAACGUGCACUUCUUUGGAACUGGUCCAUAAGACUACUGUUGAUAAUGUACCAACUGCAAUAUGUGGAUUCCAGGGACGUGUGAUAAUUGGUAUUGGUAGAAUUUUACGACUUUACGAUAUUGGUAAAAAGAAACUCUUACGGAAAUGUGAAAAUAAACAAAUUCCAUUAUUAAUAAUGGGAAUUCGUGUUAUGGGCUGUAGAAUAUAUGUGAGUGAUGUUCAAGAAAGUGUAUAUAUGGUUCGAUAUAAGCGUAAUGAAAAUCAAUUAAUUAUUUUUGCUGAUGAUACACAACCUAGAUAUAUUACUGCUAUGGAAAUACUUGAUUACAAUACAGUUGCCACAGCUGACAAAUGUGGAAAUAUUUCAGUGGUUCGCUUAGCUUCAUCAAUAUCCGAUGAAGUUGAUGAUGAUCCAACCGGUAAUAAAAGCCUGUGGGAUCGUGGUUUACUUAAUGGAGCUUCCCAAAAAGCUGAUUUCAUUGUGAAUUUCCAUAUUGGAGAAAUUUGUACUUCAAUACAAAAAGCUACAUUGAUACCGGGUGGUUCUGAGUCUCUAGUUUAUGCUACUGUGACUGGUACCAUUGGUGUUCUCGUGCCAUUUACUGCUCAUGAAGAACAAGACUUUUUCCAGCAUCUUGAAAUGCACAUGCGAUCUGAGAACCCACCACUUUGUGGAAGAGAUCAUUUAUCAUAUCGAUCCUAUUAUUUCCCUGUAAAAAAUGUUUGUGAUGGUGACCUUUGUGAACAAUAUAAUUCUAUUGAUAUUGCAAAACAGAAAAGCAUUGCAGCAGAUCUUGACAAAACACCUGCUGAAGUGUCUAAAAGACUUGAAGACAUUAGGACGAGAUACGCAUUUUAA